AUGCCCUCAGUCACCGACCAGACCGGUCUUUCUGGCCUUGAAUUUGAUGGACCACAACCUAUUUUGGGGACUGGUUUGAACGUCUCCCCCCAGAGGCAUCACCACACAAAUGGACACGAGUCUUCUGCAAUUGGGUCAGAAGGGAAUGCCUUCAGACAUCGUGUGCCCGCACCCAAGAAAUCGGCAGCCAGGUUGCCUACUCACCAGCCGGCUUCUCUAAGUAGUCAAACAUCCAGCGUUAUUACUGAGCCCGCGCAUCGCCUUGAAAAAGAUGGCAUGUCGAAAAAUGGCGAGGAAGACCCGCAGAAUAGCCUUUUCGCACAAGUCUACGAAUGGCUUCAGCGCGAAAAAUCCAAACGAAGGUCUCACAAGGCGACAAACUUAGCAGCGAUGGAUGGUGUCGCCAGUGAUGGUGACGACGAUGACGAUGACGGUGCUAGUGUCCUCGUGGAAAGACCUCUAUCUUCGGGUGCCGACGCCGCAAUGGCUCUCGACAAGCUGGAGAAGAUUCUCAUCCAGUACGCCACUUCCCGCCAGGGAACAGACUCUGUACAUUUCGCUCGACGAUCCGGUCGUCGGCGCCAAUACUCCAAGGGGUUGCGGAGGGGUUCUGCGUCCGAGUCCGACUUUUCGGACCACGAGGCAGCCGCCCCUAGCGUGGAUGCAGUGCUGGAUAACUCAAAAACCCUCGCAUAUAGCGGUGGUGGUGGUACUGAAGAUGACGACAAUGAGAACAGUGUCAGUGCGAGACGCGCAAAGGAUAAAGAAGCCUGGGCGCUGUUCAAGAGUGAAAUUCUUCGUCUCACUCACACCAUGCAGCUGAAAGGAUGGCGAAAGCUUCCCAUGGAACUUGCAGCUGAUAUCGGAGUCGUACGACUUAGUGGUGCCUUAACCAAUGCCGUAUAUGUAGUUACACCGCCACAGAAUAUCCCCGUGCCCAAGGCCGAAGAUGGAUCAUACUCACUGGUACCCAGAAAACCCCCACCGAAGCUACUGCUGCGUAUCUACGGGCCACAAGUAGAUCACUUGAUUGACCGAGAUAACGAGCUUCAAAUCCUCCGCCGUUUAGGCCGAAAGAAUAUUGGCCCGAAGGUGUUGGGUAUAUUCAACAACGGGAGGUUUGAAGAGUACUUCGAAGCUCGCCCACUUACACCCAAGGAGCUCCGCGAUCCUCCGACUAUGAAACAAAUCGCGAAGCGAAUGAGGGAGCUGCACGAUGGAAUCGAUCUCCUUGUAGAUGAGAGGGAAGGAGGGCCCAUGGUCUUCAACAACUGGGAUAAGUGGGUAGACCGCUGCGAGCAAGUAAUCAAUUGGCUGGACAAGGAGAUCCGAUCUGAGCACAACAAGAGCAAAGCAGCAUCCGAAGCGUGGCGUCGGCGAGGCUUUGUCUGCGGUGUUCCCUGGCCCUUCUUCAGAAAGGCAGUUGAAGGAUAUCGUAAGUGGCUUUUGUCCAGCUGUGGAGGCAUGGAAGGAAUAAAGCGACAGCUGGUGUUUGCGCACAAUGAUACUCAAUAUGGCAAUCUGCUUCGGAUGGAGCCCAGCCACGAAUCACCGCUGCUUCGGCCUGAGAACGUGCAUAAGCAGCUAGUUGUCAUUGACUUCGAGUAUGCGUCAGCCAACACUCCAGGAAUUGAGUUUGCCAACCACUUCACUGAAUGGUGUUACAACUAUCAUGAUGCGGAGCGGCCGUGGGCAUGCGACACCAGCCGCUAUCCGAAUCCAGAACAGCAGCAUCAGUUCAUUGAAGCCUAUCUGAGCCAUCGACCCGGAUUGCGCGAGCAAGCCUCCCCUUCCAUCACCCCGCUGAUGCGAGGCCUCUCUACCAACACUUCAUCACUAGCUCCGUUGAACCUGGAUGACGGUCCGGAUGUGGACGUGUCUUCUCGAUUCGAUAUCGAGAAAGCGCACGAAGACAGCACCAGCGCUAAGAUCCAGUUUUACGCGCGACAAACCAGGCUGUGGCGAGUACUCAACUCCGCGCAGUGGGUAGCCUGGGGCAUCGUGCAGGCCAAGGUACCUGGCAUGGAGGAGGGUAUUGCAGCAGAUGAAGCCGCAGCUAAAGCCCAAAACGGCCACCAUGGUACCAAUGGCAACGGUGUGCAUUCAGACGUGACAGCCGAAGUGAACCACUCCACUGGAACUCCGCCAGUCGAUGCUGAUGUGGACGAAGCUGAAGAGUUCGACUACCUUGCCUAUGCGCAGGACCGUGCAAUGUUCUUCUGGUCCGAUUUGCUGGCGCUGAAAAUCAUCCGGGAGGAUGAGCUGCCCGAAUCUCUGGUACAAGUGAUCAAAGCUCGCAUGAUCGACUACUAA